UGCCACUUCUGAAUCUACCCCAUCCUUACAGUCAAUCGUCUCUACCUUCUUGUUGGAAUGUGUGUGCACCGAAGGCUCAUAACCAUGACAACGAAGAAGAAUAGUUCAUCAUCUAUUCAAGCUGUCUACGACCUCUGCAGAGCUACUUUUGCCCCUUCCGCUACCUCUCCCACUUCUAAUGCCAUUCAAAAGCUCUCCUCUUUACUGGGCUGUAUGCAAGAACGAGCGAAGGGAGAAGUUACAAUGUUAUUGCCAGUUUCGCUUUCUAAAGUUGACUCUGUAACCACUGCUUGGGAGAAGAUUCAAUUGGACCUGCCGAUGUUGGGCUUAGUGUUGCCAGCAAAGCAGAUAACAGAGAUGUGCAUAUUUUGUUUCCCUACUUCCUCUGUUAUUCCACUUCAUGAUCACCCUGGCAUGACUGUUUUGAGCAAAGUCUUAUAUGGUUCCUUACAUGUCAAAGCUUAUGACUGGGUAGAGCCAGCUGUCAUCCGAAAAUCAGCAAGACUGGCUAAACUGGCUCAAGAUAAAGUUCUGACUGCUCCAUGCAGUACAACCGUUUUGUAUCCAAAGAGUGGAGGAAAUUUACACUGCUUUACUGCAGUAACUCCUUGUGCUGUACUUGACAUCCUUUCCCCUCCAUAUAAUGAACUUGCUGGAAGGAAAUGUUCAUACUACAGUGACUAUCCCUUCUCUACCUUCUCUGCAAAAAAUGACGUAUCUUCUAUAGAUGGGAAUGAAGAAGACUACUCAUGGCUUGUAGAGGUCAACACACCAGACGACCUCUACAUGUGCUCGGGAACUUAUGCAGGCCCACCUAUUCAAAAGUGAUUGUCGUCCAAAAAAAUCUCUUAUGUUUGAUACAAAGAUAUCAGUAGAUUCACUCGUCGAAGAAUUGCCUUCACGAAAUUUAUUUUCUUCUUCAGUCUUCUUUGUUUUAUUUUUUUCUCAAACGAUAAAAGUAUAUAAAACUUUUUUUUUUUCUCAA